CAUCACUCACUAGCUUGCGGAGAGUUCAUUCAAGCUCUUGAAGCAUGUCAUGCCAAGGGUAUGCUGUAUAGGUUCUCAGGUGCAUGUAAUGGCGAGAAAGAGCUUCUAGUGCGAUGCUUACACGCAGAGCGUAUGGGUAGAGCUGCAAAGAAUCGCGAGGAAUCAAUAGACAAGAAUAAAAAGAAAUAUGAUGCCUGGGCCAGACGGAAAGCAGAAUUGAGCGAGAUAAAUGAUGUCGGAGAAGUCAGAGCAUAA